ACACACACAACGUCUUGCGCUCUUCAAGCGACAACAGCUUAGUUUUUUGCUUCGUUAAACCCAAAAAAAACAAACACACACAACUCACACAAAAUGUCUGUUCAAAUGUCGGAAAUGUCAAAAACCUAUCAAUACCGCAAAGUAAUGAAACCCAUGUUGGAACGUAAACGCCGUGCCCGCAUCAACAAAUGCCUGGAUGAGCUGAAGGAUUUAAUGGUGGCCACUUUGGAGUCGGAGGGUGAACAUGUAACCCGUUUGGAAAAGGCCGAUAUUUUGGAGCUGACCGUAACCCAUUUGCAAAAAAUGAAACAACAACGUUUGGCCAAGGCCUCCAGUGGAGCCAGCAAUACCAUGUCCCAAUCGGAGGGCUUCCGUUCCGGUUACAUUCAUGCCGUCAAUGAGGUGUCACGUUCCCUGUCCGAGCUGCCGGGUGUCAAUGUCAGUCUGGGCACUCAACUGAUGACACAUUUGGGCCAGCGCCUGAAUCAGCUACAACCACCAGUUAAGCCAUCGCUGCCUUUGAGUACCCCGCUCUCCGUGCAAAUUGGCGCCCCCAGCUUCAAGGGUCAAUAUACCGUGCCCAUUUCACCUGUGUCCAGUUACAGCAGCAGUCCCAACUCAAGUGUGGGCAGUGAGAAGCAAUCCAACUCGCUGCUGACCACCUGUCCCAGUACACCGGCCAUUGAUGUGACCAGCAUUGAUGUCGAUGUUGAUGAAGAGGAUGAGGAAAAUGUAUGGCGUCCUUGGUAAACAAAACAACAAACCAUGGCCAAAUAGCCAACCACCCACCAAACCAAGUCUUCCACAAUGUUUUGCAACCGCCAACAGGUUCCUGACAUCAAUCAACCCACCCAAACAACACAACCAACAAAAAAGCUUUAAACAAACAAACACUGAGAGGAAAAGAGAUCGAGAGAAAAUGGAGAGAAGCCAUUGAUCAUUAGCCACUAGAUUUAAUUAUUAUUUUUUAUUAUUAUUGUUUAACUUUAGUUUAAUCCAACUUGUGAUAGAGUUUAGUAAAGCCUUCCAAUUCCACACACACACACAUAUACACAUCUUACUUACACUCACAUACAUACACACAAUCAUUGUUAAUUUAUUUAGUUUUGUAAGGAAAAAAAAAAACAUUAUUUAAAAAAGCAAAAUAACAAAAACAAAUAUUGAAAAGAAAA